CAAGACCCAACGACCCGACGAAAUGGCCGACCAGAAGACCGCCCCCACCAACCCCAUGAAGGAGCUUCGCAUCGACAAGCUCGUCAUCAACAUCUCUGUCGGUGAAUCCGGUGAUCGCUUGACCCGUGCAUCCAAGGUGUUGGAGCAGCUCACUGGCCAGACACCCGUCACCUCCAAGGCACGCUACACCGUGCGCACGUUCGGCAUCCGUCGUAACGAAAAGAUUGCGGUGCACGUCACCAUCCGGGGGCCCAAGGCGGAGGAGAUUCUCGAGCGUGGCCUGAAGGUCAAGGAGUACGAGCUCCGCCGCAGGAACUUCUCCGAGACCGGCAAUUUCGGGUUCGGCAUCCAGGAGCACAUCGACCUGGGUGCGCGGUACGACCCUGGUAUCGGUAUCUUCGGUAUGGACUUCUACGUUGUGAUGGGUCGGCCAGGCGCGCGGGUAGCGCGACGGAAGCAGAAGAAGGCGAGAAUUGGCUUCCAGCACCGUGUCAAGAAGGAGGACACGAUGGCGUGGUUCAAGCAGCGAUUCGACGGUAUUAUCCUUGCGAAGUAAUGGUUUUCUCCCCUUAUCUGUAUGUCGCUACCACUAUGACCUAUUGCCGACAUGUAUCGCAUGCGUCCAAAAUAUUCCUUUGUGAGGUUACGGGUACUUCCCAGCUACCCGUUUGGAUUGUAUAAA